AUAAAUUAAAAAACUGAAUAAACUUUCUCGACUGUUUGGCCUGAAUUCAAUUUUUGUUCUGAAUAUAUGUUAGGUUAUAGAAGGUACGGAAGACCAGUAAACAUAGUAAACAUUUUGAUCAAAUUUGUUAAAUAUUUGAUCUUUUAAAAAACUUCUUUCUUAUUUUUUUUCGGAUAAUUAAAAGUUUGACAAAUCCAAAGCUUUCUACUGUGUUGCUCUUACAAAGUUUAGAAAAUCUGAACAACUGAUAUAACUUGAUAUAGCUAUGACUUGCAAAUGCGAAUCCAGAAUACCAAGUGCGAUAUAUUAAGUGUAAGUUUUUGUUUUCAUAUUUAAUUCAAGAUACUGCUCCUUUAAUAACCAGUGAAAUAAAUAACCCAAAACCAAAAUGCCAGCUAUAAAAGACCUAAAUAUUGUCAAGAUAGCUGUUGAGAUGGAUGAUCUAAUGCCACAACUUAUGGAGUUCGACCAGAAGCGUCCUUUAGCUGCCAUCAUUCAAGACUUGUGUACAACGUGGGGUCUCACAGAUCCUGAUCAGUAUGCUCUUCAAUUUUCAGAUAAUGCUCAUAAUUACAUAACUGAAAAAAAUAGAAAUGACAUAAAGAAUGGAAGUGUAUUGAGAUUAACCUUCUCUUCAACCAAAACAGCUCAAGAAAUUUUAGAAAAACUUAACUAUGGUGCAACAGAUGAAAAGAAAACAGCCUUGAGAAGAUUGGCUAGGUUAUCUACUGAUUACACUUUUGCACUUGAAUUUAUCAACAAGCAGGGAUCUAAUUUUUUAAUUUCUAUGAUUGAAGGAGGUAGCUUUACUGGAGAAUUAAUGGCACUUACUCUGCAAUCAUUUGUGGAGUUAAUGGAUCAUGGCAUUGUAUCUUGGGACAAUCUGCAAGAUAAAUUUAUUAGCAGAGUUGCAAAUGAGGUGAAUUCUCAAAGUUCAAAUCAAGAUGCUAGAGCAUUACAGGCUUCUUUGGCCAUCUUAGAAUCUCUGGUUUUAAACAGCUCUGGCAAAUAUCCUCUCGUUGAACAAGAAGUCACAUUGCCCUUUUUAAUCAUUCAUUUGCAAUCCAGUUCACCUGAAAUUCAACAAAAUGCUAUUGCACUGAUAAAUGCCUUAUUUUUGAAAGCAGAUCAAGCUAAAAGACGAACUGUGGCUGCCACAUUAACAUCCAAACAAAUUAGAAAUGUUAUAAUGACACAUAUAAUACAAUUACAACAUGUUGGAGCAGAAAUGGCACAUCAAUUAUAUGUACUUCAAACAUUGUUGUUUAAUUUGCUUGAAGAGAAGAUGAAAAGGAAAUUGGAUCCACAAGAUCCAGAAGCAAGAGAGAAAAUCCUAGAAUUGAGAAAAAUAGCUUUUGAUACUGAAACAGAUAUGAGUUCUCUACAUCCUCCUAAGAAAGGUGGUGGUUAUAUAAAGGAUUACAAGAAACUUGGCUUUAGAAAUCAUGUCAAUCCUGCUGAAGAUUUUUCUCAAAUACCUCCUGGUAUGUUAGCUUUGGAUAAUAUGAUAUAUUUUGCUCGUAACCAUACAGAAAGUUACAUCAGAGUUGUGUUAGAAAACUCUUGCAGGGCUGAUGAACACGAAUGCCCAUUUGGUAAAACUAGCAUUGAACUCACAAAAUUGUUGUGUGACAUUCUUAAAAUUGGUGAACCUCCGACAGAGCAAGGAAAAACAUUUUAUCCCAUGUUUUUCACUCAUGAUAAUCCUUUUGAAGAAUUCUUCUGUAUCUGUAUUGUUCUACUUAAUAAGACUUGGAAAGAGAUGCGAGCAACAACGGAAGAUUUCGCAAAGGUAGUUUCAGUCGUAAAGGAACAGAUAACGAGAGCUCUGAACACUGAUCCACCUCCUCCAGCUUUAGAAAAAUUCAGAUUGAAGUUAGCGACACUGACAUAUAAUGAAAUUACCAACUUAUGGCAACAAGAACGCUCUAACCGUGAAGAAUGGGAAAGCCAGGCUAAGCCAAUUGUGGAGUUGCGGGAGCAAAUCACUCCAGAUAUUAGAAAUCUUAUUCAACAGCAAAGACUUGAAUAUUUAUGUGAAGGAACCAUGUUUACCAAAUAUUCUAACAAGGGCCAAAGAAUAAAGGAUAAGUUCUGGUAUUGUCGUCUCUCACCCAAUCACAAAGUCUUCCACUAUGGAGAUUGUGAAGAAAAUCGUGGUGUUCCUUCCAUGGAAGAGUUGCCGCACAAAUUGCAAGUUGUUGAAGUAAAAGCUCUUGUCACUGGCAAAGAAUGCCCACACAUGAAAGAAGUUAAGCGUACAAAAUCUACAUUAUCUCUUGCAUUCUCUUUAAUUCCUGAUUCUGAUCAAGAACCUUUGAACUUUAUCGCCCCAAAUGAGAAAGAAUUUGAUUUAUGGACGGAUGGGAUUAAUGCUUUGUUGGGUAAUAAAAUGAUAAGCAAAGAAACAAAGAAUGAUCUUGAAACACUCUUAAGUAUGGAUAUUAAACUACGAUUGCUGGAUACGGAAGGUGUUGACAUUCCUGAAAACCCUCCUCCUAUUCCCAAAGAUCCUCCAAAUUAUGAUUUUUGCUACGAUUUCAAAUAAAUUAUUUUGUUAUGAACUUUUUUAAUAUUUUAUUUUCUUAGCUCUAUUUAUAAAAUGCUUUUUUUUUUAUUAGAAGGAAUUUAUUUUGUAUAUAUUUUAUCUAUUAUGUUUAUUCAUUUGUUUAUCACCAUGUUGCAAAUUUUUAUGUGUUCUGAGAAAAUAUAAUUUUAAAGCUCUUAAUUUUAUUAGUUUAUGAUUUUUUUUUAAUUAAAUAUUUUUGUAAUUUGGUUUUAAAGAUUAAAUUUUAAACUCAUACUCUUAAAUAUUUUUUUCUUUGCUGAUCAUUCAUUUCUCAUGGUUGUCCAAAGAUGAUAUGAUCUUGUAUUACAUUUUUGAGCUGUUUGGAUUUCACAAAUUGAAUAGCUGGUUGAAUAUUAAAUGCAGCAUUGUAUGAGAAGAAAAUUUUUUAGUAUAGAGUAGUAUUUGUCUUAAUGUUAUGUGGAUUGUAGCUUUGGAAAAAGCUUUAAAAAAAACUAUGUAUUGAAUAUUGUAUACAAAAUUCUUUUCAGAAUUAAAUAGAUUAUGCAUAUUUUCUUUAUUAUUUCUAAUCUUUGUUGCAUAUUUGUAAGUCAAUGAAGGUAUUCAUUGAUAUUCUUCUAUGCGAAUUUUAUAUUUAUAUUCUAAAUUACUACCUACUAGUAAUUUUUUUAAAAAGUUAAUGAGGUAUGACCAGAAUCAGAUUCUAAUUAUAAAUAUUGAAUAUAAUUCUCUCUUCUUUUUUAUUUAUUUUCUUUUAUAACCAAUAGCAAUAGUUAGCAAUUUACUUCAAAGAAAUAUUACUGUGAUAUUAAAUUCGUAAGAAAUUGAGACAAAUUGUCUUCGUGUUGCAAAUAGAAUUGUAGUCCAAAGCUUUUCAUUUUUCUUAAAUGAAUAUUUAUCAA